GCGGGGCCGUCCCGAGCGGCAGGGGGCGGCGCGGUGCCGCUCCCGCCUUCCCUGCGCGUCGGAAACAUGGCGGCGGCGAGGGACUGAGCAGCGGCCGCGCAGGUUUUGAUAUGCCGCAGUGUUUGGACUGACUUUGGUGGCUUGGAGGAGUGAUGGGGAACUAGAGCUCAUGACAGUUCAGAGGAGCCCCUGGCACUUUUGAGAUCCCGACAUCUUCAGUUAUCCAAAAGGCAGCCAGUCCCAGGGUACGGACAGCAGCGGGUGAUAGAAUGCGGAAACCAGGCCCUCAAAAAGCCAUAGACUGGAAAGAUGGUAAAAAGCACAAGUACGGUCGCCCAUCAGAGUCCCCCUCCCAGUACCAAGGUCACUUCACCUGGGAGAAAUACCUGAAAGAAACAUGUGCCAUCCCAGCUCCCGCCCAUUGCUUCAAGCAGUCAUACACUCCACCUGCAAAUGAAUUCAAGAUCAGUAUGAAACUAGAAGCCCAGGACCCCCGGAACACCACGUCCACGUGCAUCGCCACAGUGGUGGGUCUGACGGGCGCUCGCCUGCGCCUGCGCCUCGAUGGCAGUGAUAACAAGAAUGACUUCUGGAGGCUGGUGGACUCUGCUGAAAUCCAGCCCAUAGGAAACUGUGAGAAGAACGGAGGGAUGCUGCAGCCUCCACUGGGCUUUCGGCUGAAUGCCUCCUCUUGGCCCAUGUUCCUUCUGAAGACUCUGAAUGGAGCAGAGAUGGCUCCUGUCCGGAUUUUCCACAAGGAACCACCAUCUCCAUCCCAAAACUUCUUCAAGACAGGUAUGAAGCUGGAGGCAGUGGACAGGAAGAACCCUCACUUCAUCUGCCCGGCCACCAUUGGGGAGGUGAGAGGUUCUGAGGUCCUCAUAACAUUUGAUGGCUGGAGAGGUGCCUUCGAUUACUGGUGCCGAUAUGAUUCCCGGGACAUCUUUCCCGUAGGCUGGUGCUCGCUGACUGGAGAUAAUCUGCAGCCCCCUGGAACAAAAGUUGUGAUUCCAAAGAGCCCUUUACCUGCCUCCGAAGUAAACUCGGAGAAACCUAGCAUGCACAGUAGCACAAAGACUGGUUUGGGGCAUCAACAAGGGCAAAGGCGUCGCAAAACAGGGAAGAAGCGUGGUCGAACGACCAAAGCGCUAAUCCAUCACCCCAUGCCUACACCCUCCAAGUCAGUGGAGCCUUUGAAAUUCCCCAGAAAGAGAGGCCCCAAGCCUGGCAGUAAGAGGAAACCUAGGACAUUGCUGAACCCAGCACCCACCUCUCCAACCACCAGUACCCCAGAACCAGACACAAGCACUGUGCCCCAGGACGCUGCUACAGUCCCCAGCUCUGCCAUGCAGGCUCCCACAGUUUGCAUUUACUUGAACAAGAAUGGCAGCACUGGGCCCCACCUAGACAAGAAGAAAGUUCAGCAGCUGCCGGACCAUUUUGGACCUGCUCGAGCUUCUGUUGUCCUGCAGCAAGCAGUACAGGCCUGCAUUGAUUGUGCUUAUCAUCAGAAAACAGUCUUCUCCUUCUUAAAGCAAGGCCACGGGGGAGAGGUCAUCUCAGCUGUGUUUGAUCGGGAACAGCACACUCUGAACCUGCCAGCAGUAAACAGUAUCACCUACGUCCUCCGCUUCCUGGAGAAGCUCUGCCACAAUCUUCGCAGUGACAACCUCUUUGGGAACCAGCCUUUCACUCAGAACAGCCACAUGCAGCGCUCACACGAGUACGACCACGACAGGUAUCUACCAGACAGAAGCAGUUCCUUAGACGGCACUCUGCAGGGACCAGGCCGGGGUACAAAGCGCUAUUCCCAAGAUUCCCCUCCAUACAGUGCUCCUCUCUCCCCCAAGUUACCAAAGAAUGACCGUCACCCUUUGGAAGGUGAAACCUUUGUCCUGGGAGAUGGCCUCCCAGGGCCCUUGGAGCCUCGCCUGGACCCCAUGGACUCUGCCUUGAACUCUGUCAAUGCAUCCAGCCACAGCAGGAGCUCCAGAGACUAUCGCCUGCCAGGAUACAGGCACCUGCACCAACCCUCUAGCCUCAGCCAGGGCAGCUCCUCUGCCUUGCGUAGGCUUAGCUCUGGGGGUUCAGAGAGGUACCUGGGAGCCAGGGACGUGUCCCGGCCGGGCGGGCGCGAUCCCUCGUCCUGGACCGUGGAGGAGGUGAUGCAGUUCAUCCGGGAGGCGGACCCGCAGCUGGGACCCCACGCGGAUCUCUUCCGGAAACAUGAGAUCGACGGGAAAGCCCUGCUCUUGCUGCGGAGUGACAUGAUGAUGAAGUACAUGGGGCUGAAGCUGGGCCCAGCCCUGAAGCUCACGUACCACAUCGACAAGCUAAAGCAAGGCAAGUUCUGAGCGGACGCUUGGCAGGACGGACCCUGGAAGCUCCGCUCCUGGCCACCCGCACCCGCGCUCGCCUGCCCACAGGUACCGCAUGCACUCACACCCAGCAGCGCCGACGGACACCUCGCUGACAGCC